CAGGUGGAGGAACAUACCAAGCAGCAGCAGUAGCAGCAGCUUCAGGAGGCCUCUCCUUUGGUGGAUGGCUUAGGCAUCCCUCCUCCUGCAGCUCAACCUUUGCACCUGGGGUUGGUACCCCCUGGGGUCAGGCAGACCCAUCAAGAACCAACAAUGGGCAAACACAACAGUAAGCUGGCCCCUGAGAUGUUAGACGACCUGGUGAGGAGCACAGAAUUCAAUGAGCAGGAGCUGAAGCAAUGGUACAAAGGCUUCCUGAAAGACUGCCCCACGGGCAUCCUCAAUCUGGAUGAAUUCCAGCAACUCUAUAUCAAGUUUUUCCCUUAUGGGGAUGCAUCCAAGUUUGCUCAGCACGCUUUCCGCACGUUUGACAAGAACGGUGACGGGACGAUCGACUUCCGGGAGUUCAUCUGCGCGCUGUCUGUCACUUCCCGGGGGAGCUUUGAGCAGAAGCUGAACUGGGCCUUUGAGAUGUACGAUCUGGACGGCGACGGCAAGAUAACGCGCUUGGAGAUGCUGGAGAUCAUCGAGGCUAUCUACAAGAUGGUGGGCACUGUCAUCAUGAUGAGAAUGAACCAAGAUGGGCUGACCCCCCAGCAACGCGUCGACAAGAUCUUCACCAAGAUGGACAAGGACAAAGAUGACCAGAUCACCCUGGAGGAGUUCAAGGAAGCUGCCAAGAGUGACCCCUCCAUUGUCCUCUUGCUCCAGUGCGACAUGCAGAAAUAGAGGGGGUCAGGGGGCCUGGCAUGCGAUCCUGCCCUCCCCUCCCCGGCCUUGCGUCUUCUUGUCCCCUUCUUCUCAGAGCUGCAGACUCCACUCCCUGAGGCCGGUUGGGCUUUCUCUGCAUGGCCUCUUCAGCCCAACCGA